AUGGGCACUCCGCUAGCGUCGAGCGGGGAAUUGCCUCUUGCCGAUGCGAACGGGGGUGGAGUUGCUGGAGGGAGAAGACGCAUCAUGCUUCAGAUCACGCUCUCCCUCACGCUUCACCCCACGCCCCCCCACACGCUUCACAUCACGGUCUCCCUCACGCUUCACAUCAUGCUCUCCCUAACGCUCUCCCUCUCGCUCUCCCUCACGCUUCACAUCACGCUCUCCCUCACGCUCUCCCUCACGCUCUCCCUCACGCUCAGCCUCACGCUCUCCCUCCCGCCUGCCCUCACGCCUGCCUUCACGCCUGCCCUCAAGCCCUCCCUCACGCCUGCCCUCACGCUCUCCAUCACGCUCAUAUCGAUGAUGGUUACGCACACGACGAUGCUGUUGCGACAGCCAUAUUCGCGAUCGUAA